CUGACACUUUUCCCAGAUCACGUCUAUUUAGUGUGCGAGCCACCCGGCGAGCCAUAUUACUUGGGGCGGAUUAUGGAAUUCUUACACAUGCAAAACGACGCCUCCAAACCAGUUGAUGCGCUGCGUAUCAAUUGGUAUUACAGGCCCAAAGACAUUGGUAAGAAGGUCAAUGAUACAAGGACCGUGUUCGCCACGAUGCACUCGGAUAUCAGUCCGUUGACUGCAUUGCGCGGCAAAUGCGACAUCCGUCACAAGGCGGAAAUCUCAAAUAUGGAUGAUUACCGAAAAACGCCUGAUUCGUUCUGGUUUGAAAAGCUCUACGACCGCUAUAUCCAAAAGCAUUACGAGGUGAUACCCUGCUCGCAGAUUGUCAACGUGCCUGAAAAAGUCAAGAGAGUCUUGGACGAGCGAUGGAAAUACAUCCUUGUAGAACAAGGUCGCUCGAAAGAGUUCACCAGCGCUGUCAAGCUAUGCAGGAGGUGUAGUGGAUACUGUGCCAACAACGAUUCUGUUGAUUGUGCCGUGUGUAAGCAAACCUACCACAUGAACUGCGUGAGGCCACCUCUCUUGAAAAAGCCGUCGCGCGGUUUUGCUUGGGCCUGUGCUGCAUGCAGCCGCGCCCAGGAGAGGAAACUGGAAGCUCGUCACACGCCAAGUCUGGUGGACCCACAUCUUGAAGCUGACGAAGAGGAAUACUGGGACGAGGAAGACGACGACCACGGUGCCGGUACCAAUCGUACCAGCUCGGCCGAUGGAAUAGACGACACGCACCAGCCGGCAACUCCCGAGCAGAUCUAUCAAGCCAGCCUCUGGCCAUGGCGGUAUCUGGGCCAACACUGCAAACCUGAAGAUGCACUAGAUUACGAUGACCGCAUCUAUCCCAGAGCCGGUUCUCGUCUGGGCCCAAAGCAUCAAGCGAUAGUAUUACCAUGGCCAGGCCGUCCAGUUGAACUCGUGAAGCCACUCGAGAUCAAGAGGGGUCGCAAAGACAAACCCUCCAAGGAGCAACUGGCUGCCCUGGAGCUCGAAAAGCUGGCGCGGGAAACGAGGCCAAAAUGGGUUCAGGACGAACCCCCUGGCUAUGUUGCUCGUGGCGAGGAUUACGAUGACGAUGAUCCUAGAAAUACCGCGCAGUUGCUUUGGAAACCGGUGGCGGCUGACAACCCGGGGAUCCUCGACACUGAGAUUGAUGCCUACAUGAAAAAAGCUUCGGCUCUGGCACCUUCAUUAGAUCUUCCCGCACAAUCGACAAACUUGAUGGACGUCGCAAGAGACGCACUGUUUCACAGCAAGCUUGACGCAGCCAAAGCCUUGAAGGUUAUACCGAUGGUAGAUCGAGCAGAGUUCAAGGAGCCCGACUUGAGUGCGGCGGAGCAGAAGAAAUUCGAAGAGGCUGUGAACAAAUUCGGAUCUGAGCUGUAUCUCGUGAAGAAACAUGUCAAGACCCUCGACUAUAAAACAGUGGUGCGAUACUACUACACCUGGAAGAAAACUCCUCGUGGAGCUCAAGUUUGGGGCAGUUUCUCAGGGAGGAAAGGCAAAAAGGAGGCAAAGAAGGCGGCAGCUACAGCAAAUAAGCUUCAAGACGAUGUUGCAAAUGACUUCGAUGAUUCUGCCUUUGAUACCGAAAAGGCAUUGGACCGAAAAAGGAACUUCAUCUGUAAGUUCUGCAGUACGAAGACCUCAAGGCAGUGGCGCCGUGCGCCUAAUGUGUCAGCCGCCCUGAUCACCGAGGGUUCGGGAAAGAACAAGGACAAGGGUGCACAGUACAUCGUUGCGCUCUGUCGGCGCUGUGCGGAGUUGUGGCGACGAUAUGCCAUCCAAUGGGAAGAUAUGGAAGUGCUUGCCAAGCAACUCGCCACCGGCGGGCGUGCUUGGAAGCGAAAAAUAGACGAGGAGGUGCUCAAAGAGUUGAAUGCGGCGAACGAGAUGAUGAGCGCCACGGUCUACAACACCCCAAGCCCCGCCGCGGCACAAACUCCUACGGGAGUCAGCGAAACUGCUGCCCCAGAGCCCCCCCGAAAGAAGCUCAAAGCAAUUCCGGACAGAGACGUCGAACCCAAUGCUUCUGAUACAAGUAGCAUAUCUGGAGUAGCCCCACCGAAGAAGAAGGAGAAAGCGGCAGAGAAGCCAGCCCCGCCGCCAGCACCUGAGCUCCCGAAACCCCGAAUACUUCCAUGUGCCGUUUGCGGCCAAUCGAACCCAGCCGGUGAACUGCAUCUACUCUCCUGUAAGGAAUGUAGACUGAGUGUGCACCGUAAAUGCUAUGGCGUCGUUGAUAAUCGGCAUCCUGGCAAAUGGACUUGUGAUAUGUGUCUUAACGACAAGAACCCCCAGCUCUCCCUUGAGUACAAGUGUGUCUUGUGUCCGGUCGAAUCUACGGAACAUGACUUUGUAGAGCCGCCAAAGAUGAGCGUACACAAGAAGAAGACCGAGAAAGAUAAGGAGAGAGAACGACAAGAACGUGAAGCCGCGCAGAAAGCGGCAGAAUACUAUCGCAAGAAACAAGAAGAGACGAAUCGACCGGUAAAUCCAAGGGAACCUCUCAAACGAACUGCUGACAAUAACUGGGUACAUGUCACUUGUGCGAUCUGGACGCCCGAAGUCAAAUUUGGCAGCGCUAAAGCCCUAAAUCCUUCUGAAGGUAUUCCGUCAAUUCCACGAGCGAGAUACGAGGAAGUCUGCAAGGCUUGCAAGAAGACUGGCGGAGCUUGUGUAGGGUGUCACCAGUGCAAAGCACCUGUUCAUGUUGAAUGUGCUCGACAAAGUGGGCUGCUGCUAGGUUUCGAGGUCACGCCUAUCAAAGGCUCUCGUCGCGAUCAAUUCAACAUUGUCACCAUGAAUGGGGAGACCGGGACGAUGUCAGCAGCGGUCUGGUGCAAAGAGCAUAUACCCACGAAAACCAUGGUCCAUCGAAUGUUCGACCCUGUCGAUCAGCCUGAGAGCGAAGCCAAGGAUCCUGCUGCUCCUAAUGCAUUGCAGUUCUACGUGCAAAAUUUCAAGCAAGCCGACCUCACCCUCACUGGUACCGUACGAAAGGCAAAUCUUAUUGCUAUGGCUACCAAAACGCCGGUGUCAGCGCUACCUGUAGGGUCAAAUAGACGUGCAUCAACUACUGCUAAUUCGAGCAACGCCCAAGGCGCCCAAAGAGCUUCCUCAAUCGACAAUUCAGGUGAACUCUCUUCCAACACUGCAAGAAGCGGCGACAGAGUAUGCAUCACUUGUGGCAUAGAUGUUAGUCCCAAAUGGUGGCCAAUUGAGAAGGACCAAGAGAAAGCUUUCAUCAAUGGUCAUCUCGGCAACCUGGGCAGUGAAGCACAAAAGUUCGUUGAGCAGAGGACUUUUCAAUGUCAUAAAUGCAAGAAGGCUGGCAAAACCCCAGUCGCCCACGUUGUACCGCCGCCGGCUGAAGAAACACCACGGUUGGAGCCCAUUCCAGCACCGCCAGCUAUAGCAGCUCUCAGGACUUCUCCACCUGUUCUUUCAGAGCCGAGGGCAGCCCCUCAACCAUAUUCUUGGGCACCUCCUGGUCAACCCCCCGUUCCUCCCGUGGCGCCGCCACCUGUUGCUGCUCCUCCGAUACAGGCACCAGUUCAGGGGCCGCCUCCAGCGCUACCACUGAACGCUGCACAUACUCGCCCCAGUCCAAUCGCAGCACCUCCGCACACUUAUCCUCACGCAGGUACUUCCUACAACGAUUGGCAUCGCAACGCAUCCCAGCGCUCGCCUCCUCUGCAUCAGCUGAACGGAGGUCCCCCCGGACCAAAUGCAUUGCAUCUCAACCAUCUACGUGAUCUUCGACCACCACCUAUUACGUCCGUUGCCCACCAUGCAGCACCACCCUUGAGGCAUGGGUCCAUAGGGCAGCCGUUGGUCAAUGGCUUGCCGCCGUCGCCUAGGCGUGAUCCCCCGAUGCAAAACGGUACAGGAUAUCCUCCAGCUUACCACCACCAAACACAUCAUUCCCUACACAACCUGACCAAUGGCGGCCCACCACCUCGGCCUGCGGAACAUUCGUUCUCGCAAGGUCUUCUCGGGCAGCGAUCGCCAUUCCAGAAUCCACAUGGCAGUCCGCCAAUAUCUCGAGAAGGUCCGCCGAUGAAUCGCGAAGCGAACAUGUCGAAUAAUCCACCACCGCGCCCCAGUGAUAAUCGGCCAGCUAGUGGAGCCAGUGCAAGUCCAUCCCUACGAAAUCUUCUAUCAUAGAUCUGGCCCUCAACGAACCAGCACAUAUGAUCUGCAAAACUAGAUGUCCGGAGUCUUGUUUCGGAAGAGGCGUUUGGGCUUUGGGUGGUGAAAACAUGAAUGAUUAAUGCCGGGAGUCGCUUAAUCAAGGAGUUCAUAUGUCGGGUUUCUCAGAUGUAUCAUAAGUACCUAGUGUUUCUCAUUAUUCAACCAGAACAUCGAGGAAGAAUAGAUGGAAUGGGUGCUUGAUAUGCACAGAUGAUGCGUUUCAUUAGAUAGAAAAAUAUGAAAUACAAGAUGAUUUG